AUGUCGAAUCACUGGGAGACCAACCCUCACUUCCCAGCUCCACAACAGCCACAAAUUCAAUUUCCACAGCAUGACCCCAACCUUCAGUUCCCUCCACAGCCCUGGGAGAGCAACCCUCACUUCCCAGCUCCACAACAGCCACAAAUUCAAGUUCCACAGCAUGACCCCAACCUUCAGUUCCCUCAACAGCAACGACUAGACAAAAAUCGGUAUGCCCAGCCGCCACACCACACGCCCUCGUCUCUGAGAAUGCCAAUCGUAGCCAUCUGCUCGCUCUUCUGGAUCACCAUGGUCCUAGGAGGCUUAGUGGUUCUAGUACUCCACCUCGUCUUUCGCCCACAAAGCCCAACAUUCGACAUCUCAGGUGCCUCCCUCAACGUAGUCUAUCUCGACAUGGGAUACCUCCUGAAUGUUGAUAUCACUCUGCUCGCAAACUUCACCAAUCCAAACAAAAAGGCCACUGUGGAUUUCCAUUACACGAUCAUUAAUCUCUACUAUGAAAACACACUCAUCGCCACCAGUUAUGUUGAUCCAUUCUCGUCAAUGACGGCUGAGUCCAUGUUUCAAAAUGUUCGUCUGGUCAGCAGCCAGGUUUGGCUGCCUUCAACAGAAAGCCAGCAACUAAUGCAGCAGAUAGAGAACAAUAGGGUUCGGUUUAAGGUCAAGGGCUUGUUGAGAACAAGGUCCAAUCUUGGUCUUUUUAGGUACUCAUAUUGGUUGUAUGGCCAUUGCAUCAUAGAGGUCACUGGUCCUCCCAGUGGGGUAUUGGUUGCUAAGAAGUGCACAACAACACGUUGA